UGCUGAUGCUGUACCCGAGCUAGUGGAUCUCCUUAAUCAGUUCUUCAUUGGCCUUCUCCAGUACCCUGCAGAGAAGCUUGGUUGGCAACCAAAACCGGGUGAGAGCCAUUUGGAUGCAAUGUUGAGAGGAGAACUUUUGACUGCCCUUGCUUUAUUUGGACAUGAUCUGACAAUGGAUGAAGCAAUCAGACGGUUUAAUGCCUUCUUAGAUGACAGAAAUACACCACUCCUUCCUCCUGACAUAAGAAGGGCAGCAUAUGUGGCUGUAAUGCAACGAGUAACCAAAUCUAACCGAUCGGGUUUUGAAUCUCUGCUUAAAGUUUACAGAGAGACAGAUCUAAGCCAGGAGAAGACCCGCAUUUUAGGUUCGUUAGCAUCAUGUCCAGAUUUGGACAUAAUACUGGAAGUUCUCAACUUUUUGUUGACUUCAGAGGUCCGUAGUCAGGAUGCUGUCUUUGGACUAGCUGUUGGUAGUAAAGGACGAGAAACAGCUUGGACGUGGCUGAAGAAUAAUUGGGAGCACAUCUCGAAGACCUGGGGUUCUGGAUUUCUGAUUACUCGGUUUGUCAGUGCAACUGUGUCGCAUUUUGCGUCUUUAGACAAGGUAAAGGAAGUAGAGGAGUUCUUCAAAGCGCAUCCCAACCCCGCCAUAACUAGAACCCUGAAGCAGAGCAUUGAGCGGGUAAAGAUCAACGCCAAGUGGGCUGAGAGCAUCCUGGGUGAGAAGAACCUUUCUGAUGCAGUGACAGAGUUGGCAUACAGGAAAUACUAGAUUGCUCGUUGGACUCCAAGAAUGAAGUCUCCCUUGUCAUGUAAUUCCAAUACUAAUAAAAGGACAGAAGCAAAUUGAUAAUAUUGUAUUCAUGAAUUUUCAAUCCAACCCCUGAUUCACUACAUAAAUUUCCCGCCAAAGAUCUGAUCUGAUCAAUGGCUCCUCUUUUUCUUUUUUAAUUCUUUUUUGCUGAAUUGAGUGUAGCGCAGGAC